CGUGGAUGCUCAUAAAUAUCACGUCUUGAUACUCUUCCUCCUCCUCAUUCUUCGUCUUAUACAAACUUGCUACUGUCCUGUUUUCUCCAUGCAUCUUCCUAUUAAAGAGUUCCCGCCUGUCUCGCCUCGUACAUAGUCGUGGUUUUUCGUCUUACAAGCUUACUGCUCCACCUGAACUUUAGUCGGGUUGUGACGCCUACCUACCUAAUCCAGUGCUGACCGCCUUCACCUAGUGGCUUGCCGAUUGGGCUCUUUUUUCAUCUCUCUUCCCCACCUCUGUUUACAAGUCGUCCUUGCUGAAAUCCAUCAUUUUGUCGGUCCUGAAUAAAGGACGCUGUAUCUUGGGGGGUCACUGCUCGUCGAGACGAGCAACUGCAAACAAACAUCUCUGGUACAGGAGGCGCGCUACCGGGAAGCCACCUACCUGUCUACAACUACAAAUCUUCACUCAUAUCACUCACAACAUAUCUUACACAGCAACCAAAACACACCAUGACAUCGCCCUACCAUGCAGCGGCGCGAGAAAAGCGCGCCGCCGAACGUAUCUUGGACGAGAGAAACGCCAACUCUGGAGGCGUCCCGCGUGGCUCCUCUUCCAGCCGAGGACCUCAACAGCUUCCUCUCCACUCUGAUCCCAUCGGAACAGAAGGCCACGGCCAUGGCUCUCACCACCACCACCCACCGGCCCCAAAAUCGUGGUUCCCUGUUCGCGCAGGCGGCGAAAGUGGACGAAGCGGCAUCCACCCGUGGCACUUUUUCCGCAUCGUGUUCCGCUCGUCCUCGCUGGCGUCUCGCAUGGUCAACGUGCUAUGGCCCGUGGUGCCCGCUGCCAUCGCCCUCAGAUACGCCGCCCCUCAUCAAGAUCUGGCGAUAUUCAUAUUGGCGUAUAUUGCUAUGGUGCCUUGUGCGAACUUGGUUGGGUUUGCGGGACAGAAUUUGGCCAAGAAGGUGCCGCAUGUGUUUGGUGUGUUAGCCGAGACGACCUUCGGGUCGCUGGUCGAGAUUAUUCUGUUUAUAGUCCUGAUAAAACGGUAUAGCCCUACCUCAUCAGUGGACUACACCCAGGUUAUUAGGGCUGCGAUCCUAGGUUCAAUCCUUGCUACGAUGCUGCUCUGCCUGGGCUUCUGCUUCGUUGCUGCUGGUUUCAAGCGCGAGGAGACGCACUUUAGCGAAAUUGUCAGUGAAGCCGGUAGCGGGUUGUUGCUCACUGCUGGAUUCGGCCUAGCCGUUCCUACAGCCUUCUAUAACGCCCUUCAUGGCCGCUUAGACAUAAGAGAACUCGACCGCAAAACGCUCGAAAUUUCGCGUAGCACCGCUGUCUUGCUCAUCAUCGCCUAUCUCGUGUACGUCUUCUUCCAGAUGCGCACCCACCACGGUAUCUACGACGCUAUCUUCGAGGCCGACGCCGAGCGUGAUGACGACAAGCAUAAAGAGCUUCAGAGUCAUCGCCUCACUCUAAUCGAGUCCAUAAUCGCCUUGGCCGUGGGCGUCGCCCUUGUUACGAUCAUUGCCAUCAUGCUCGUCGACAGAAUCCACUUUCUAGUUGAGGAACGCGGUGUCUCCGAUGCCUUUCUCGGUUUGAUCAUGAUUCCACUCGUCGAAAAGGCCGCAGAGCACUUGACGGCCGUAGACGAAGCGUACGACAACCAGAUGAAUAUCGCCCUAUCGACGGUACUGGGCUCAACGCUACAGACGGCCCUUUUCAACGGCCCUCUCGUGGUGAUUGUCGGCUGGGGAAUGAACAAGCCCAUGGGGUUCAACUUUGAGCUGUUCGACCUAGCUAUGCUGAUCCUCGCCAUUUUGACAGUCGGAAACUUCUUGAGGGACCAGAAGACUAAUUACCUGGAGGGUAUGUUGUGCGUGAUCGUGUAUGUGGCCAUCGGCGUGGCAGCAGCUCACUACCCGAACCCUCAGGAGCUCCAUGAGGCAUUCCCGACGACGGGCACGUCUCCAGCUCCAGCGACGAGUGGGUCGGAGGGUGGUCAUCAUUAAGCCAAUGGCUGCAUGUCUGUUAGAUUGUCGGGAAAGGAAAAGGGUGGACGAGUUUUACCACAUGAUGCAUGAUUCGAACCAUGAUGGCUUACAAAGUCCAAACAGGGAUAUUGAAAAGAAGAUGGAGGAUACUUGCUGUUAUUAUCUUUUCAGCUACAUUUAGACGCCGUGGAACAGGGCGAGGAGUGUCUGGAAUGUAUCAAUAUACACGGCGAAGUGACGGCGAAAGUGGGGUAACGCAUACAAUCCGUUAUCAGCUAUCUUCUACAAGGAAGCUUAGAGAUAGGAUGCAAAUG